UGGGGGGGGGCGGGAGGCCGUUAGACGGCGGGGCAGGGCUGGCCCCGCUUAUGUAAUAACAGGCAACCCCAGGGAGAGGCGCAGAGCCUCACAGAAGAGAACACGGACGAGAGCCCUGCCCUCGGUGUGCCCCACAGCCCAGCCAGGGCCUCCGUAGGGCUGCCCAGGAUGGAGGUGCCUUGAGAAGGCCCCCCGGCUCGCAGCAGGGACCACGCUCGGCUUCCCCAGCACCUCAGGGUCCGGUGGGAAGGAGCCACCGUGACGGAGACAGGGAAAAGAGUGAGACCCCUGCGCGCCCCCCGGCUGGGGAUCCCAGGCAGGAGCAGACAGGCCUCCUCGCGGCUUCAUGAAUGUCUGAUUUUGCCAGCUGCGGGCUGCAAAUUCACAGAACCGGCUCAGAGAAUUUCGCUGCCACGGCCGGUUUUGGGGUGGCCCUUCUGGAGCAGACGCUGGGCAGGACCUGGGCCGGCAAGAUGCCCCCUUGCCCUCCCCAGCAGGGCCGGGCCCGGACAACGCUCCUGCCCGCACCACCGGUGAGUGAGCCUGGCCAGCAGGGGGAGAUGGAGCUGACCUGGCAGGAGAUCAUGUCCAUCGCGGAGCUGCAGGGCCUGGAUGUGCCGAAUGAGACCCCCUACGACCCCGCAGUCUACACCCUCAUGCACCAAAUGGCACCCGCUGCCAACUACGGGCACUGCCCAGCGCUGGGAGAUGGCCUGGUGCCCAGCUGCAGCCAGCCUGCCCCAGUCUAUGACCGCCACUAUCUGGAUGUCAUGGCGGCCCCAUGCCCCCGGCUAGGGAUUGGCCCUGUGCCCCCUAUGGACCCCCCUUAUGGCUACACUGGGAUGCUGAUCUCCUCCAGCCUUGACCUGGGGCCAGGAACCAACGCCCUGGACCAGAUGGGCAACAACAAGACUCCGUCCCUGUCCGGGCUGCUAAGCGAGUCCCAGGGGGAGGCCAGCGGGCGGGCUGAGGGGGGCCGGGCUGAGGGCUAUGGCCCCCCGCCACCCUGCAAUGCCCAGGAGGACUUGGAAUCAGAUUCGGGCCUGUCGCUCAACUACAGCGACGCCGACUCCAUGGAGACCGAGGGGAUGGAGUCCAGCAGGCUGCGGCCCGACUACGCAGAGAUGUACCCUGUGGACUAUGGCCCACACUACCCCUUGCUGCCCACCUUGCAGGAAGUGUCCCCCUUCGCCAUGCAGCCUCUGGAGGCGUUCAAGCCCCAGCUGGAGAAGGGCCGGGCGCCCCCUCGGGCCGAGCUGGCCUGCAGCCGGGACGAGCGCCGCGCCUUGGCCAUGAAGAUCCCCUUCCCCACCGAGAAGAUCGUCAACCUGCCGGUGGAUGACUUCAACGAGCUGGUAUCCAAGUACCAGCUGACAGAGCCGCAGCUGGCGCUGAUCCGGGAUAUCCGGCGCCGCGGCAAGAACAAGGUGGCGGCCCAGAACUGCCGCAAGCGCAAGCUGGAGAACAUCGUGCAGCUGGAGCAGGAGCUGGAGCAGCUGGGGCGGGAGCGGCAGCAGCUGCUGCGGGACCGCUGCGAGGUGGACAAGACCCUGGGCCUCAUGAAGCAGAAGCUGGGCCAGCUGUACCGCGAGGUCUUCCUCAUGCUGCGGGACGAUGCGGGGAACCCCUACUCGCCUGACGAGUUCUCCCUGCAGCUCACCGCCGAUGGUGGCAUCUUUCUGGUGCCGCGCAGCAAGAAGCUGGACAGCGGGGACUGAGCGGGGCGGCCCCGGGACCCCACAGCUAGUCCCUGCCUGUGUGUGGGGUGGGGUCUGUGUUCUUUCCCAGUAACCAAACCUGCUUGUGGGGGGGCCCUUUAGUGUGUUACACACCUGGAGGCAUCAUAAGGGCAUGGGAGGGCCUGUCACUGCCUUACACACCGAACCCUGGAGGUGUCAUAUGGGAAUAGAGGGGCCUGCCAGAGCAUUACACACCCAAGCGAACCCUGGAGAUGUCAUAUGGGGAUGGGGGGACCCUGUAGUGUGUUAUGUGCCCGCGUCCCAGACGUGACACUGUUUGUUUCUGUGAUGAUUGCCCCAACCCCCUUCACUCCCCUGUAGAGACCAGCCCCACUGAGUCCCUUGCCCCCUACUCCCUGAUCUCUGUUCUAGGGAGUGUUUGGGGCAGCGCUGCUGACUGCAGGGAAGAACAACACUUCUCAUGCCCACUCGCCCCACGGAAAUGACCCGGCCUGGAGAGAGGAAGAAGGGUUCUGCCCCAUGAGCCCCAAGGAGCUUGCCCAUCAUGGGGGGUGGGCGGCGUGACAGAACAAGAGUCUCUUCCUUCCUGUGCAUCCAUAAGCUUGUUUGUCAGAUGCCCCUUUGCAAAGUCACUGAGAGCAACAGGGAGCCCAAGGUCCCUGAGGGGAGGGCUAGGGGGGCUGAGGAGGAGGCAGCUGGGGACAGGAGGGGGUCCCUGAGGGCAGGGCUUGAAGGGCGGGGGGGGGCUGUGCAGGCCCAUGAAAGAGGGGAUAGGAGGAGGUCCCUGAGGGGGAGCAGAAAAGCCUUUCUUCCGGGUGAUGCUGGGCAGGGAGAGGCCGGCCUUGGGCCCCUUGGCUCGUGGCACUGAGCCCGUGUGGCUGGGAAUGGGGCCAAUCCACCAUCAUAGUGGGCCGUGUGAGCAGGAGCUGAGCACAGCAGCUGAGCUCCUGUGGCCUGGAGGCUGGUCAGAGGACCCCAGAGCUCAGAGGGUUAAAUGUGGAGAGCUGUGGCCCCAACUGCCCUGGUGCGAGGUGCCCCCAGCAGCAUUUCCCCCAUUUGGACUGUUGUAAAUAGAGACUUGGCCUGCAGCUGCCAACUGUCCCGCAAUAAACAGCGCCCAGAGGGACCUGCUGGGA